CCCUGUAUACACACCAGGACAUGUUUGUUUCCAUACGAACAGUUCAAUAACCCCUGCAAAGAGGACACCUCACUAAUUCUGUGCCACGUUUAAGUGCUUGCUGAAAGCUAACUUUGUUCAACAGAACACACUGUACUUAUCCCCUAUUACACUCCAGACUAAAGUCCCCACAUCUCUAUGAGGAGAUUCACAGCUACUCCAUUCAGGUACGUGCCUCCAUACAGCAAAAUAGAAAAUAUUCUACGAGAUCACAUCUGACCUGAAAUUAUCGUCCUCAUAAUAUAUUAUAAACAGCAAACUUUCACCAGUUCUACAAGGUCAAAUCUGACCUCAAGUUAUCUACACAGCAAAUUUUCAAUUUGACCUCACAUUGUAACUACAGUAGAUUGAGAGGGAGCAAUAGCUGACUGAGUCAAUGUCAGUCUGCAUGACUGUGGUUUGUGUGUGAGUACAGGAGCUGAGUGAGGUCCACUCGGGAGGUCUGCUGGAGAGGAUGAGGAAGACGGUCAGAACUGUCUCCACACAUGUCAGACAAUGCCCACUCUGUUCUCAGAAGGGGUUCAUAUGUGAAGGUUGCCAUGGGAACAACAUCAUCUACCCCUUUGACCUCCGAGACACAUACCAGUGUCCGUCGUGCAGUGCAGUCUAUCACUAUGUCUGUACACCAGAGAAAGGAAACUGCUCCAAAUGUCUUCGUAUUCACCGGAGAAGACAGGCUCUAUGUAGUGACUUCUGACUAUCAAUGAACUCUUCACUUUUUCACUCUCAUUUCUCUGUAGUAUUGUGCUGCUCACCAAAUGGCAAUAACGUGUAUAUAGCAGGUUGCUCGUGAGGUGGCAAAAAAAACUCG